GCUUGUUAUUUCCUGGUCGGAGCUGUCCGCCAUUUUGGGCAGUGAGUGAGGACCGAUCCGGAGGGAGAAGAGGGCCGCUCCCCUCCGUCACCACAGCAAGGAGACACAGAGAUACCGCCGGGGGAAGGCAAAGGCAAAUCGGAACUUGGAGCCGACAGAAAGAGAAUUAGAGACAGAGUAAUAGCGAGAGAGAGAGAGAGAAAUAAAGCAGUUGUAGCCGAGCGGGGUGCCACAGUGAGAUGUCAACCAUGAAUCCCGAGUAUGACUAUUUAUUCAAGCUGCUGCUGAUUGGAGACUCCGGUGUUGGAAAAUCUUGUCUCCUUCUUAGAUUUGCAGAUGAUACGUACACAGAAAGUUAUAUCAGUACAAUCGGUGUGGACUUCAAAAUCAGAACUAUAGAGUUAGACGGCAAGACUAUCAAACUUCAAAUUUGGGACACAGCUGGUCAGGAAAGGUUUCGAACAAUCACGUCCAGUUAUUACAGAGGAGCACAUGGCAUCAUAGUCGUAUAUGAUGUUACAGACCAGGAGUCCUUCAACAAUGUAAAGCAGUGGCUUCAGGAGAUAGAUCGUUAUGCCAGUGAAAAUGUUAACAAGUUAUUGGUAGGGAACAAAUGUGACCUGACAACAAAGAAAGUAGUGGACUAUACAACAGCAAAGGAAUUUGCAGACUCCCUUGGGAUUCCAUUUUUGGAAACCAGUGCAAAGAAUGCAACAAAUGUAGAACAAGCCUUCAUGACAAUGGCUGCUGAGAUUAAAAAGCGAAUGGGUCCUGGAGCUACAUCUGGUGGUUCUGAAAAGUCCAAUGUAAACAUCCAGAGCACACCAGUGAAGCCGUCCAGUGGGGGUUGCUGCUAAGAGCUUUCACAUUCUCCUAAUAAAUUUAAUAGGCCCAAAAGUAAGAAACGUUGCCUGAAUUAUACUGUAUGUAGCUACACUACUACAGACUUGCCCCUUUCCCUUCCAGACACACAAUUGGGGACUGAAAAGCCACUAUUGGCUGAGAUUUCCAACUUGAGACUAACUUCAUUUUCAGAAUGGUUUUAAACUUUAAAGUGUUGCCAGUCAUUAAUAAUGUGCAUAAAUCUCAUAACCUGUUAUCAGAUUUUCCUGCGGUCGGUUUAUUAUAGAAAUUGAUUUUGUUUAUAAUGGCAUGUUUUAAAUGUCAACAUUGGAUCUGCUCUGAAGAUGAAGUUUAGCCAUUUCACAUCACGCAGCAUAAGUGUUUGUCAUGUUCAUUGACAUCAAUAAAGUUUAGUGAAAUGUUAUGUGUCAGAUCUGAUUUUGCAAGUACUUUCUGUGGAGAUACGAGAGAAUUACACUGCAGUACCUUCAUAUUCUCUGCAUAUAACUUGUGUCUGCAGGAUAUUGUAACUUGUUGCACAUAUGUAACAUUAAACAACUGAAGAAGUGUUUAAUGAAUGUUGUACUUUCUAGAAUUACUUAGAACUAACACGGUGGCACAGAAUGGUCCACAAAGCUUCACAGCCUGCGAGAUAAAAGUGGGCUAAACUGCUGCAGAGCUUUAAAUGUCUUAAUUAUUUAUUCUGCAUAUAUCUCAUUUGUUGUAUCUCAAUGUAGAUUUGGUUGUGGAUGACAGUUUUCAAAAUGUAGAUCACUGGUUGUUAUGAUUCCCAUUUGCCUUGGAAAAUGGCUUGUAUUUAUAAACUGCAUUUGAGAGCACAGGGACAUUGCUUACUGAAGAGGUGCUCAAAACAGGUGACAUUUUUACAAGUGAAUUUCAUUUAUUUUUGUGGAUUUUUAGAAACUGUACAUCUGGAUACUGAUGGGUUGUUCUUUUCUCCAGAAAGUUCCGUAAACAGUUACAGUAUAUCAGGCAUGCUAACUCAUUUCAUUUUUUAGGACUAGUCUAGGGACCCAUAUAAUUUGAAAGGACAUAAUUAAAAUAUUUUAAGCAUGGUUAAGGGUGAUUUACUUCAAAUUUAUUUUUACUCAUUCUAAAUAAAAUGCUUAAUGGCACUUUUUCUUCCACA